CGAAAAAAAAAACCCUCAAAUCUUCUUUUGUUUUUCGUAUCCAUCAUUUCUUCUCCAUCGUCGGAUCUCUCUUUGAUUCAUCCAAUAAAAACAAAUACUUCUAACCAAUCGCAUCCUCUCGCGCCAAAUACAAAAAGGAAGAAAAAAUAUCCAUUUUUGUGCUCUUCUAUAUUUAGUAUUUGCUUUCCCUUCAGUUGUGAUCUAGGUUUUCUGGGCACAUGGCGGAUGGUAUGGCAGGGGGGCCUGCGAGCCCACCAGGAAGGAGCCAUGAGAGUGGAGGAGAGCAAAGCAGUCCUCAGUCAAAUGUGAGGGAACAAGACCGUUUCCUCCCAAUUGCUAAUAUAAGUAGAAUCAUGAAGAAGGCAUUGCCUUCUAAUGGGAAAAUUGCCAAGGAUGCUAAAGAUACUGUUCAAGAAUGUGUUUCUGAGUUUAUCAGCUUCAUCACUAGCGAGGCUAGCGAUAAAUGUCAGAAAGAGAAGAGGAAAACAAUUAAUGGAGAUGAUCUGUGUUCGGCAAUGGCGACAUUAGGAUUCGAAGACUAUAUCGAUCCACUUAAAAUAUACCUUGCCAGAUACAGGGAGUUGGAGGGUGACACCAAGGGAUCCGCCCUCGGUGGUGACGGAUCUUUUAAAAGAGAUGCAGGGGGAGUUCUGGCUGCCCAAAAUCCACAGUUUUCAAUCCAGGGAACAUUGAACUAUACUGAUUCCCAAGCACCAGGACAACAUAUGAUCAUUCCUUCCAUGCAAGGCAACGAGUAAGUGCCCCCGAUCCAAGCUUCCGCUAUCGGAUUUAUGAGAAUUAGAAGUAGUUAAAUUUAGUUAAACACCUAUAGGAACUUUAAUGUGGGAUUCAUCUUUUUAGUGAUCUUGUUGUAAGGUGAUUUGGGAGUUGUAAAAAUGCUUUCUUAAGUGCUGUUUCAUCAUACAGUGCUGCGGGGCCAUGGUUCCCGAGCAGGCAUUAUAUGACAUAAUUGACUUA